AUGGAAACACCCCAGACAGUUCGUGCAAUAAUCGAAUCAAAAAUAUCAGAAUUAAAGAAUGAAAUCAGAUAUCAAUUAACAACAAACUUAACUGAAGACGGAAGAAGUCUGAUAUACACAAUAGCUUAUUGGGCCAAACAAGUAAUGUUUAAUAACGAAUACAAUUACAACAAACAACUCUUUGACUACUUAGAAAUAUUCUAUAACGAUCUUCCGGUUUUAUUAGUCGAUUUUACUAGACUUCAGACAAUAUUAGGAGAAAUCAAAUUCUUCUAUAAUCCAGAAUAUAAAGAACACAUGAAAUAA